AUGAAGACAAAUCGAAGAUGCAGAGCCCUGCUAGCAGUGAGUCUGAAUCUGAUGGCUCUCCUCUUCUCUACAACAGCCUUUAUCACGACCCACUGGUGUGAGGGCACACAGAGGGUCCCCAAGCCGAGCUGUGGGAAAGAGAAGAAGACAAACUGCCUCAACUACAGUGGGAAUGAGACUGCAAAUGAGACAAACCAGAAUGUGGUUCAUUACAGCUGGGAGACGGGAGAUGACCGCUUCCUUUUCAGGUAUUUCCACACUGGGAUCUGGUACUCCUGCGAGGAAAAUAUCAACGCUGCUGGUGAAAAAUGUCGAAGUUUUAUUGACCUUGCCCCGGCUUCUGAAAAAGGUGUCCUGUGGCUAUCAGUAGUAUCCGAGGUGUUAUACAUCAUGCUGUUAGUCGUCGGAUUCAGCCUUAUGUGCCUCGAGCUCUUUCAUUCAAGCAGUGUGAUAGAUGGGCUCAAGUUAAAUGCCUUUGCUGCUGUCUUCACUGUGCUUUCAGGUCUCCUGGGGAUGGUGGCACACAUGAUGUAUACGCAGGUGUUCCAAGUGACAGUCAGCCUUGGGCCGGAGGACUGGCGGCCACAUUCAUGGGACUAUGGAUGGUCCUUCUGUCUGGCAUGGGGCUCUUUCACCUGCUGCAUGGCGGCCUCCGUCACUACCUUGAACUCUUACACUAAGACUGUCAUUGAGUUCAGACACAAGCGCAAAAUCUUUGAGCAGGGCUUUCGAGAAGAGCAGAACUUCCUAGACCAGGAAGCCAUCAAGUACUUCAGAGAAAGGACUGAGGAGGAGAGGGCUGAGGCUGGGGACCUGAGGUUACAGUGCCUCCAUAGCUGCUCCCCAAAUAGGCUUCACAACACCCAGCUCUAA